GCUUCGUAACGACUCGGGCAGACCGGGAAGAAGCAAAGCAGUGACCAAAGACGCAACUCUAAUAAUCGCGCACCACAGGAUAGUGGGCGUGGGACGUCCGGACAGAGGAGUCGGACAUGCGCAGGGGGAUUGACAUUGCCAUUUCGUUACGAUAAAAGGUCAGCUGAUUUGUGUCUUUACCGUAGUUACCAGUAAUGUCUUCUCCAGCCAGGAAGCGACAGAAGAGGCCGUCAAUGGAGAACGACGGUAGCAGUACACAGACGUACCCCCACUUCGCGACCCAGGCGAUCCACGCCGGGCAGGACCCGGAACAGUGGAAGAGCCUGGCCGUAGUUCCGCCCAUUUCUCUCUCCACGACCUUCAAACAGCACGUCCCUGGAGAGCCGCUUCAGUAUGAAUACUCUCGCGGAGGGAACCCAACUAGGACUGUGUUUGAGACUUGCAUUGCAUCACUUGAAGCAGCCAAGUAUGCCAUUGCGGCAUCAUCUGGUCUGGCUGCACAGUCUACCAUCAUGCAGAUACUAAACAGUGGGGACCAUAUUGUCAGCACGGGAGACCUAUAUGGAGGGACCCAUAGGCAGUUCAGACUUGUGGUGUCCAAGUUUGGUAUAACUUCCUCCUACAUUGAUGCCACUGAUCUGUCGCAGGUGGAAGCUGCUAUCAAGGACAAUACAAAGAUGGUGUGGGUGGAAAGCUGUGCCAACCCACUUCUGAGGAUGGUAGACCUGAAAGCACUUGUCGAACUGGUCAAAUCCAAGAGCAAGGAUAUUAUAGUGGUAGUGGACAAUACAUUCAUGACUCCCGUACUUCCUGAGACCGCUGGAACUGGGAGCUGACAUAGUUCUUCACUCGGUCACCAAAUACCUCAACGGUCACUCUGAUGUUCUGAUGGGUGUUCUGUGUCUCAAUGAUGAUGAAUUGGAAAAGAGACUCCGCUUUAUACAGUUUGCUGUAGGUAUGGUGCCCAGUCCAUUCGAUUGCUACCUGGCCAACAGAGGACUCAAGACUCUUCAUCUGCGCAUGAGAGAGCAUGAGAGGAACGCCAAGGCCGUCGCACAGCUCCUCAUCACCUCACCCCACGUCACAGAGACCAUCUAUCCUGGUCUACCCUCUCAUCCUCAGCAUGAGCUGGCCACGAGGGUGUGUAAGGGAUACGGUGGGAUGGUGUCUUUCAGAAUCAAGGGAGGACUGAAGGAGGCCCAGAAGUUCAUGAAGGCCAUCAAGGUGUUUGUUCUGGCAGAGAGUCUCGGUGGAUAUGAGAGCCUGGCUGAUCUACCGAGUGUGAUGACCCAUGCCUCUAUCCCAGCUGAGGACAGAGAGAAACUGGGAAUCUCUGACUCUCUGAUACGUCUGUCAGUAGGUCUGGAGGAUACUCAGGAUCUACUGGAUGAUCUGACACAGGCUCUUCAGUUGUCACAGUCUGAUUGAAGUCCUGAAAUCUGACAUAAAAAUAAGACUCUAUAAUUA